AUGGCAGUGAGAAACCUGCAGGUCAAGGUGAACUCCAACGUGGAGUACACUGAAGACUUCAUUCGCAGCCGUGCUUUGUACCGUGGCGCCAUCGCCAGCAAGAAUGAGGAUGGUACCCUACUCGCAGCCCACUACGAGAAAGCCUAUGAAUUCAACACAAACCGCAAGGUUCCCCGCAUGGGCAUCAUGCUGGUUUGCCUCGGUGGAAACAAUGGUACCACAAUGACGGCCGGUAUCAUCGCGAACCGUCUUGGUCUGACGUGGGCCACACGUGAAGGCCAGCAGCCGGCCAACUACUAUGGUUCCCUCGUGAUGGGAUCGACCAUCAAGCUUGCGGGCAGAUGGGAUAUCGGCUAUUUGAACCUGGCCGAAGCCGCAGACCACGCUGCCGUACUUGAGUCUGUGUUGAAGGACCACAUUCCCAAGGAGCUGGCCACUAUCAAGCCACUGCCUAGCAUCUAUUAUCCGGACUUCGUUGCUGCCAACCAAGGUGCACGUGCGAAUAAUGUUCUGGCGGAAAAGCCUUCACACGGUCUCAACAUGGUGCUUGUUCUCUGGAAAGCUAACACCGAGCCGUACGCGGAGAUCAUUCCAUGUGUCAACCAGACUCCAGACGAGCUUAUCUUGGAAAAGGCGGCUUUCAUCAACGGGUCACCACAAAAUACUUUAGUCCCCGGCGUGGUCGACCUGGCAUCCCGCCAGAAGGCAUACAUCGCCGGCGAUGAUUUCAAGUCUGGACUGACAGACCAAGAAGAAAGCCGGUACAGCGGAGUUCCUCAUCAACGUGGGUAUCCGAGUCAAGUUAAUCGCCAGUUACAACCACCUCGGCAACUACGAUGGCUACAACCCGAGCGCACCCAACCCCACAGUCCCAUUCUAAGUUGUGAUCAAAUAUCUCCCCGCGGUCGGCGAAACAAGCGCGCACUUGAUGAGUAUUACGACGAUAUCUUCCUGGGCGAACAUCAGACAAUCAGUUUCUUCAACGUGUGUGAGGACUCCCUGCUAGCCUCACCGCUGAUUCUCGAUUUAGUCAUUCUGGCUGAGAUAGCCCGGAUCUCCUUGCGCUUUCACAGCGCCUUGAGCCUGCUGAGCUACAUGCUCAACGAACCCAUGACACCUCCAGGGGUUCUAGUAGUUAAUGCUCUGGGUAAGCAGCGGACUGCUCUCACCAACUAUUUCAGGCUGAUUAUUGGGCUGGAGCCGGAGUCGGAGGUGGUGCUCGAGUAG